AUGGGUAUCCUCAACAUCGCAACGGCAGUAGUCGCACUGCUUGCCGCCAUCGGAACCGCAGCACCAGCAGGAUUAGUGUCCGCUUUCGACAAACGAGAUCUGAAGUUCGCAUUUGGACAAGAGAAGGUUCGCGGUGUGAAUCUGGGCGGUUGGUUCGUCCUCGAGCCUUGGAUUACACCCUCGAUAUUUGAAAAUGGUCCUGCAGAUGCUGUUGAUGAGUAUACCUAUACGCAACAGCUCGGCAAGGACGAAGCUAAGAAGCGUCUCGAAUCGCACUGGAGCUCGUUCUACAACGAGGGCGACUUUGCUCAGAUGAAGAAUCUGGGCCUGAACUUCGUCCGCAUUCCGGUUGGAUACUGGUCGGUAGCCCCUCUACCGGACGAUCCAUAUGUCCAGGGCGCAUAUGCUCACAUGAGACAAGCCGUAGAGUGGGCUGGCAACAACGGCCUCAAAGUCAUGAUCGAUCUUCAUGGUGCACCGCGAAGCCAGAAUGGGUUCGAUAACUCCGGCAAGCGCGGUCCGGUUGGAUGGACCCAAGGCGAGUCUGUUGCGAAUACAAUCAAGGCUCUCAACAAAAUUCGAGAUGACUUCGCGAGCAACCCAGCAGUAGCAGCCAUCGAGCUUUUGAACGAGCCGAUGGGUCCUCAACUUGACCAGAAUGUCCUGAAGCAGUUCUACAUGGACGGCUGGGGCAACCUUCGUGAUUCGAAUGUGGCCGUCACCUUCCAUGAUGCCUUCAUCGGCGUGAACUCCUGGAACGACUGGGGUGCUGGCAUGUCCAACUUGCUGCUCGACACCCACCACUACGAAGUCUUUGACAGCGGCGCCCUUCAGAUGGGUAUCCAGGACCACCUGAACUCCGCCUGCGGCUUCGGCAACCAAAUGACCGCGAACAACAAGUGGACCAUCUCAGGCGAAUGGUCUGGUGCUAUGACUGAUUGCGCCAAGUGGUUGAACGGCCGUGGUAUUGGCGCGAGGUACGAUGGCACCUUCAACAAAGAUGGCCAAGGUUCAUCCUACAUCGGGUCAUGCGAUGGCAAGUUCCAGGGUACCGUGGCUGGCCUUGGUGAGGCAGACCGCAACAACAUUGCUUCUUUCAUCCGUGCCCAGAUCGCAGCAUAUGAGAAGGCAGAUGGCUGGAUUUUCUGGACGUGGAAGAACGAAGCCGCUCCUGAGUGGCAUUUCAAGGACCUAGCCGCUGCGGGCAUGAUCCCACAGCCAUUCAGCUCUGCUGCUGGCGCGUGUGGUUAA